AGAAGCGACAGCCAUAUUUAUGUUUCACGAGUUGAGGUUAUAAUUUUGGUGAUCGUAAGAAAGAAACUAACUUACUUGUUUUUGUUAUAGUCCUGUAACAAUUCCGUAUUAAAAAUGAAGCUAGUCAGGUUUUUGAUGAAGCUCAGUCAUGAAACAGUUACAAUAGAGCUAAAAAAUGGAAGUGUUGUACACGGUACAAUUACCGGCGUCGAUGUCGCCAUGAACACGCAUUUGAAGGCUGUUAAAGUUACGCUGAAAAACAAAGAAGAGCUUCAGCUGGAAACUUUGAGUAUAAGAGGAAAUAACAUCAGGUAUUACCUGUUACCAGACAGUUUACCUUUGGAGACGUUGCUGUUAGAUGACGCGCCAAAAGGUAGGGCGAAGCGGGAAGGUUUUCCAAGAGGCGGGUCUCGAGGCGGAAGAGGCAGAGGCCGUGGUGGUCGCGGAGGUCCUAGAGGUGGACGUGGAGGAAGAGGUCGGGGCCGUCGUUAAACUCACCAUUCCUGUUUCGCUAUGCGUAAUUCAAAUCCGACAUCUGUGAAUUAUAGUUUUAAGUGCUAUUCUUAAGGUCUGUCAUUCUUAAUUAAAAGAUUGAAUAGAAAAUUGUGUUUUGAUACAAUAAAUUUUAGUAUAAUUGAUCAGAAGAUUCCUUAUGACUCAAUUAGUUUCAUAAAUCAGUGUUGAUGGUAUAUUUUUUUUAAAUCACACGGAUUUAUGCAUCUCAGCAUGUAUAAGAUAAUGUUUAAAUCCAUAUAAGUGCCUGUUUUAUAAACAAAUUAUUGAUAUUAUUUUAUGAAACAUAGUAUUUCUUCCAAGAUAAAAAAUGUGUGCCCGAAGGAUGUAAAACAGGCAUAUAAAGUUUCCUGUUACUUACCAUAAAACAAAAAAUUGUAGGAAAAGAUUGCACAGCUAUGUUCCAAAUCUUUGUGUCCAAAAUGUACUGUAUUUAUAAGGUUACUGUGAUAGCCUUUUACUGAAUAAAUAAUAACAAUAGAA